CCAGCGCAGUCACACCGCACGCCCCGCCGCCGACGCCGAAACCACAAGUCACCCCCGCCGCCGCGAACGUGGUAAUCUACGGUCAUUGGUCAGCGUCCCAAUCGUAUAGCCGAAACGACCGCGUCACCCGCCGCCGCCUCGUUCGCGUUCCCGGUCUUUUCUGGCGUCUUUGUCCGGUUUCGCCUGUUCAGUUCAGUUGUCCGCGCGGUCGUGUCCUGCACUGCAGCCUGUCGCAUAUUUUGUCGUUUGCAAUCAAUUGCGCGUUCUGCCGCCAUUGCUGAUAUUGCGCGUCGGCAGCGUCGUUCCGAGUGCUGCCGAUCGUCCGUCGUCGACCAUCUGUGCCGCCGUUUUAGGUGUGGCAAGUGUACCUACUCGGCAAUCGUGAUCAGCCGCUUUCGCAGAUCGCAUUCUUCGUCGUCAUCGGAGCGGAAGCGCUUACGAACGGGUGUCCACGCACUGGGACGAAUAUUCAUCACACACAUGGCGCCGGUUACUAGAAGACGUGUUGCUGCUAAGCCAACAGCUUGUCAACCCAUACGCAAAAAUGUGAUGGUAGAGCUGAAGUUAGUGCAUAAUCAAGCAUGUAUGUUGUGUGGACGUAAAGAAAUAAGUGAAAAAUUAUAUGGAUUACUAUACCAACUAGAUGAUGUUGUCGUUCAUUAUUUUUGUAUACUAUUGUCAUCAAUGGCCGUUCAAAAUGGUACAGACAAUCAAGGGAUUUGGGGAUUUUUAUUGAAAGAUAUUAAAGCUGAACUGGCCCGAGGAACUAAAGAAAUUUGCUUUUAUUGCAACAAAAAAGGCGCUACUAUAUCAUGCAGUGGAAAAAAAUGUCGAAAAGUGUUUCAUCUUCCCUGUGGAUUGAAAAAUGGAUCUAUGCAUCAAUAUUUCCAGGCAUUUAAAUCGUUUUGCUUUAAUCAUCGUGUUACGCAAACUGUUAAUUCAUCUGCGUUAAAAAAGUCUACUGCUCAAUGUGCUAUUUGUAAAGAUGCUGUUAUACCAUCUCCUACACCAACUUCUAUUUGGGCACCGUGUUGCAAACGUGAUGCUUGGUUUCACCGGGAUUGUAUUCAAGAUUUGGCAUUAAAUGCCGGCUACUUUUUUAAAUGCCCAUUAUGCAACGACGUUGACAUAUUCAAAUGCAGAAUGCUAACGCUUGGAAUAUAUAUACCAUCAAGGGACGCCUCUUGGGAAACUGUACCAAAUGCUUUUGCCGAGCUCACAGAAAGGCAUAUUGAAUGCAGUAUUCAGACAUGUCUAUGUCCACAUGAAGAAAAACGCAAAUUUCAACUCCCAUCCAGUGGAUCAUGGGAAAUUCUUCCGUGCAAUUCAUGUGGAUCAAAUGGAACACAUAGGUUGUGCAGUUCUAUUAAACGUGAACAGGAGUGGUGCUGUCCAGUUUGCAAAGAAGUUUCCGAUAAGGAUGCAUCAAAAAAGAAGAAACUAAAAUUGGAACCACUAGAUAACGGGAAUUGUAGUAGAAGUAAUGAAGAGCAAGUCCCUUCUCACAGUGGAGAAGUAUCUCAAAGACGCCAUAGUGACAUAGGUGAUCCAAUACUUAUAUCGGAUUCAGAUGACAACAGUGAUAGUAACAGCGUCCAGGUUAUAUCUGACGAUGACGAGCAACCCAAUGCUCACAUUGUUGAUGAACCAAAUAUAAAUGCUGUUCAGCAACCAACAAUACAAGUUGAGCAAACGUCAUCCCUAAUACAGUUGCCAAAAAUACAUGGUUAUGGAUCACUUAUUACAGGCUUUGUAAAGAACUUUGUUGGCACUACAUUUACAUUUUUUGAAGAUCCUAAUAGUAUUGAUUUAACUUUAGAUGACGACGAUGAUUAAAUAUUCUAUAAUUUUUUAGUUACAUUACGUUAACUAUGUAACAAGUUAUGCAAUUUAAGACAAAAAAGAUUUUGAUUGUUUUUCUUUAAUUUAAUUUUUCACCAUAUGUAUUAUAAUAUAUAAAUAUAAGCUAAUUAUAAAUUAAAAUUUUCGAUCAGAAAUGAAAUAUUAUAGUUUCUACACAAUUAAAAUAUUGGAACUAAUUACUUAUUAAAUUAUAAAAAACUGUAAAUCACUACCCUAAUUACUCAAAUGUAACUAAGGUAAUAAUAAUAUGUUAUAUUAUUUCUUAUUUUUGAUUCUAAUCUCUUUUAAAUUAAAUAUUUUGCGACCAAGGUUUUGUUGAAAUUAUUACAUUAUUAAUUUGUGUUCAAGGUUAUAUAGUAUUAAAUAAAAAUAAGUUUGUUAAUAUAUUUUGAUAAAUAAGAAAUUAUAAAUAUAUAAAAUAAAAUAUAAAUUUCUUUAUUUAAUUAUACUGUGCAACAAUCAUAACCAAGUUAUUGAGAUCUUCAAACUAGUCGCUUUAAGGUUUGAUGUUUUAUAUAAUAUCUAGUUGUUAGUUGUUGAUAAUUUAACAGUCUGAUUAUUUCCUAAAUUUGUAUUGAAUUUGUAUAUCGAUACCACAAAAUUAGAAUGUAAAAUAAUUUACAAAUAUUGAGGUCUCAUAAGAUUAUAUAACGUAGUUCAUUACUUUUGAGUUAUAUUAAAAUUGUAAAACUUAGCUUAGGGUAAUACGUUAUGUUAUUUCUUUUUAGAGAUUGUAAUCUUUUUUUUUUAUAUAUAUAUAUAUAAAUUUUUAGUGACCAA